AGUACUCUUGCAUAAAAACAUGAGUAAAACAAAACACAUAGGAGGCGUUUCCCAGCACAGCCACAUUCAGAGUAUCAAUUUCAGCCCUAUGCCCUUAUCUGUGUCUCCUUACAAGACUAGUUUUGUCAACCCGGCAGAAAGACACGGUUUUCAAUAAUGAAUGAGUUAGCGUUAUCAGCGAGACGGGAGACCAGCGUGUAAUCCUGCACCAAGUCAAAGAAGUACGAAGAUAAAAUGGACAGGGACUCUUCUGGUGCUGCAGAAAGGACCGAGCCGGCGUCGCCUUUGGGGAAAAAUAUUCACGAAGACACUCGCACAGCUGAUUCCCACGCCUCCCGGGCAGGGACCUGUAGAAAUACUGAUGUCGCACGAGCCAGGUGGACCCUGCUGAGACAGGUGUUGCGACAGAAGCAGGUGGAGAGUCCGGAGGUCAAACAGGUGUCUGUUCGCAGGUUUGCCACAUUUGACCUUUUCAGCAGAAAAAGGCUUGUGGCACGAGACCAUAGUGAUACCUCAGAUGACCAGUGGGUGGAGUACAGAAGUGUCUACUUUCCUGAGUACAGUGCCUUACUUAGGGAUAACUUGGGACCUCUUAGAGUUAAUGAAGUGCUCAACAGUUUUGACAACACCGGUAAUGUCUGUGUGUGGCCAUCUGAAGAGGUGAUGGCGCAUUACUGUCUGCAGAAACGUGACAUGUUCAAGGGUGCAGUGUGUGAGUUAGGAGGAGGUAUGACUUGCCUUGGUGGGCUCAUGGUUGCCAUUUGUGCUGACGUGACGGAAGUCCUGCUAUCAGAUGGGAAUGAGAAGUCCAUUCAGAAUGUUCGAGGGCUGGUUGAGAAAAACAGGCAAGCUGGAAAGUUUGGCUCAACAUAUGUAUCUUCCAGGGUAGUAAGGUGGGACUGUGAGAUGGAUAUUUCUGCACUGGAGGGUCACUUUGAUUUCAUCAUGUGUGCAGACUGUUUGUUUCUGGACCAGUACAGAGCCAGCCUGGUUGAUGCUAUAAGGAGAUUACUGCAACCCAGCGGCAUGGCAUUGGUGUUCGCUCCUCAGCGAGGGGAAACUCUAAGACUCUUCUGUCAACUGGCCCAGCAAGCUGGAUUUUGCAUCUCUCAACACCAGCAGUAUGAUGCUCAGGUCUGGGAUGUCCACUUGAAGAUGCUGAGGGAGGGAAAAGAAGUAUAUGACGAGAAUAUCCACUAUCCUCACCUAAUCACAUUGACCAAAGAACCUCAACCUGUCAGCCCCACUCAGUAAUACAGAACAAGUGAGCCUUUAACAGUAUGCAGUUCCUUUGUAUCACUUGCUAGAUAUUUUAAUUUAGCAUCAAAAAGCUACUGUCCAUCUAAAAAUAGUCUCUCACCAGCCAUCCCUUCAACCAGGUGGCCUGCCAUUCUUGUAAUUGACCAAACAUCUAAGCUCUAGUCAGCCUGUUGAUCAUCCCUUUUCUUAAUCUUUCAUCCAAGAAAGUGGAUCACAUUGCCAAACUGUCAUCUGGCCAACCAGGUAACCUUUGAGUACUGUGUCAGACCUUCAGUGACCUUCACUGCUAUUAACCUGUCAUCAUCAUAGCUGUUGAGCCAGUUAGUUGCUUAGUCAGUUAACCAGCUAUUCAAUCAGUCAGUUGCACUGACAUUUUCUCCAUCGUUCCUCAUACAGGUGGCAGUUGUUCAGUCAGUUGCCCCGAUUAAACUUAGUCAGCAUUAAUCCAUGCCACUGUGUUUCUGGCCUCAGCAUGGAGGCCUGCUUUACUUCAUUAAGUGUCACAGGCUGUGGAGUAGCUCACAGCUUCCUCUGUUUCCUGUUUUAAUGUCUUUAAAUGCAACUCAUCCAUCCCAGUCAGAGGUCAGUAUUAGGGUCAAUAUUAAGAAUUUAUUUUCUACAUUACUGAGAACAGUACAUUUGCAUAUUAUGCAUGUUCAGACUAAGGAGCUACAGAUUGGAUUUGAUACAACAAUAUUGCAUCUUCAAAAUUCUGUUGAUGUUAUAAUCUGUGUUUUAACUGUACAACAGACAUUUGUUCUGUUGUACAGAACAAAUGUCUGUUGUACAGAAACUUCUGCUUGACUGGUAUUUUGUUAAAAAAAUCAAAAUGCUGUUGAUGAAAUUAUUAAUCAGACUUACUUGUCAUCCUCAGCUGCAUAUUUUCAGAUGGCUGCACUCAAAACAGUUACUGACAGUGCAAUGAUAUGAAACAUCUAAUACCAAAAAUGGCACAAAUAUCUUAAAAAUGUCCUAAAAAUGAAACAUCUGACUGACAACAACCUGUUCACAUGGCAGUUUUUAAAAGCUGCUGGUUUGAACCUUCAGGACUUGUGUGUGUAUCUAAAGAGAGAAGAAAUACAUACACAAAUAAUGACAUCACCAUUUGCAUUUAUUGACAAGUGACCCUGAAACUGUGGAAUCAAUAUAUGAUAUUAGUAUUUUUUGUGAAGUAGAUUUAUUAAUUAUCCCUCAAUUUCCACUAAGUAAAGACAAUCUGCUGCUAUUACUAACUGGCAUGUCCACCAUGCUCUGUGACUGCAGCACCUUGAUCUAAAGUCAUGCCAGCCAGGAGCAGCUUAGAUCUCUCAAUGUGACAUUGCUGUAUGUAAACGCCUAUGAUUUAUUGAGCGCAUUCCUUUUAUUAAACAGUAGGCCUAUUUGUUGAUUAAGUUUUUCUUAUGUGCAACAAAAAUAUUUUACCAUUUCAGUAAUCAGAAAAGGGGUUGUUUCUUUUCUUUCCUUCCCUGUGCCACAAAUACAGAAGACCCAAAGAUACAUUUUUUAGUUUGCAUGUGAUUAGAAUACGAGAACAGGAACACAGCUCAGUGAUUUUAAUGAUGAUGAUGAUUUUAAAUUAAAAAACUUUGUGGAAUCAUCCCUCAAAAUCAAUACGAUAAUAAUACGAUAACUGCUUUUACUUCUGCUGCUUACUGCAUUUUUUUCUGUCAGCUGCUCUACUCAGGUCUUUUCUCACGCAUUCACCUGUUUCUGUUGACGUUACAAAAAAACAGCAAGUGCCAGUGGGUCACUCAAAUCUAAAGCUGUACCUUACACUGGGAGGGGGUUUUCAUAAUUCACUGUGAUUCAUUACCUUAUACAGCAGCCAAGAAGCUAUGCAGAAUCUCCUGGUCGCCAGUGUUUACAUUGUUCAUAUUAAAAAAGAAUUCGCUGGUAGAGAAUGCCAGUUUAUUAGGGGUUUUGGGUGGUUUCAAUUAUUCAAAACUGUUUCCAGUGCAAAGAUUUGAAAGGUUGUUUAGUAAUUUUAUCUUUUUUCUGUAAUGCAGUUUACUGUGUAUGUCAGAUAUAUGUAGGAUAACAUAGAUGUCCUCACAACUGAUACUGAAUAUAGUGUUUUCAUCACUGUCUAGUGUGACAUUACCAGUUCGGUAUUAGACAUCACUGUUUACUGUGGCCUCUCUGCUACUGUGCUGCUUCUUUCCAAAUCAUUGCCUGUGUUACUGGCAAAAUCUUCUCCUGUGACGCCUUCAAAUAUGAACACACCGUCAGUUCUGUAUUUAUGAUACUAAUGCUUAGACUUACCACUUCUCACUGUGACAACAGACAUUCAAGAAACUGCUGACAGGUGGCAUUAUUCUGGUUUUGCUGCCUAAUAUCACAAAUAUGGAGAAAUCCUUAAAAAAUGUUAAUUUGCAGGCCAUGUCCACAGUACUUUGUGAGAGUGUAAGGUUGGUUUUCGUUUUUUCCAUUGAUCUUUUUCUACAUGUCUUUUUACAGCCACCAGAAAUAGAAAUACAAUAAAAAACACAGUUUGAAUAAAAUUGAGAUGUGGCUUGCUGUACAGAGGCUCAUGUUAUUGGUGUAGAAGACUAGCUUUAAGCGUUUUUUUAAUUGAUUUUUUUGAUUGCAUAAUAUUCAGAUAAAAUGUCAGAUAUAUCAAUAAAAAUUUAAUGACUUUUACGUAUGUGGACAUAGCCUCAUGUAAAGAGUUUCUCCAUUCAGUAUUUUCCUUCUGCUUUAGUGUAAUUUUAUGAGUGGGUGUUUUUUUUUCUUUUCUUUUUUGUGGACAAAUAAAGAUAAACACAUUUGCUU